UGCUACAGAGAACAUCAGGAAGAGAAGUGGUUUAAAGUUCCAACUGGGGAAGUUAUCUGCUGGUGAUGCUGUCGCCCUUUUAUUUGAGUCAUGGCUAUCUCAAAUCGAUCCCAAUACAGUGUUUGAGAGCUAGACGAUCGAGUCUUGGAUCAAUAUGGAGACAUAGAGUGAAGGAACAGCGAUGCAGAUAUCCUGUGAAAUGCCGUCAUCACCUGACAGGAAGGACAGGAUACUACUAGCAAACCUAGGUGACAACGGCAGAUUGGGCUUCCACUGUGAGGCAUUGGUGGAACUAUCAAGGACAUCGGCAGAAGUGGCCGACAGCGCGCUGCUGACACAUGCAAUGUCACUAGGUUGCCAUAGCCUAAUUAAUGCAAAUCUUGCUUGCAUUGUGUGGGGUGCACUAAUCGAGCAAGGCAAGGAUGAGAUCAGGGUCAGCUUUGACGUAACGACCAUCGGUAGUGUGAAGAGAUGCAACUCGGAGACACAUCAGUACCCGGAUGCUGGUCAGUCAGCCACCUGCCACACCAGUGUGUGCAGUGACAACCGUUAGGGGAACUGUCAACGAGGACGUGUCUGCAAGUUCUCAUUCGAAAAAUUGCCCGCCGCUAAACAACGGCUCCCCGGAGACGACGUGCAAACGACUUAAUCUGCGGCAGUGCUGUAGGGGCUGCUGCGAGGCGGCGGUGACGGCGUGUCCGCUGUCUGUCGGGGCCGUUGCGUGGUGAAGGUUUGUGAAUCAGUAUACCAGCCGCUGCCGAUGACGUCGUGUGGUGAGGCGAUCGCCGCGCGCGCGCGCGAGUGAUACAUGCAGCGACGAGGCGUGUCGUCUGUGUCGAUACGUAGUGACAUUGCGGCUUAGUAAUAUGUGGAGAUGUCUGCCGGCUGCUGAAGCCUGGCGCGCUGUCACGUCUGCAUCGUGGAGGAGCGAGGCGGCGGCGUGGCAACACUGCAGCAUAGUGCUCGAAUGAUGAGAGAAGUGGGAGAGAGGCAGUAAGAGAGCGAGUGUGUGUAUGCGACAGAGAGAA